GUCACCACCGUAAGUAGAGCUCUAGUUGACCCAUCAAGGCAUAGCUGAAUACAGCAUCAUCACUCCACACUCACACACCCCUCUGUUCCCCCCAUUCUCCUCCAGUCUCUUUUCCGAGCCUCGCUCGACUUUCCCUCCACCUUGCUUUUCCCUCGUAGAAGCAUCACCCAGGCCAAAUACUCCCUUCGUGUAAGCGAGCCCCGAAUCCCGUCCCGCGCCAUGUUGUUCGUAGCGCCCGACCCCAUCUCGCUCGUCGUGAGCUCGGUGACAGGUCUCGCGGUCUUCGUCAGCCUCUUCACCUCCUACCUCAACCCCUGGGACGACGGCGACGACGAUCAGCUGCGCUGGCAUUUCCCGCCAAAGGAGGGCGCGGAGGCGCGUCGCGUCCGCUGGGCGCGCCAUAUUCGGCAGAGAUUAAAGACGCUGGUGCCGCGCGAGGAGCGCGUGCAGGGCAAGGCGCCGUGCACCGCGGAGCAGCUCAUCCGCGAGAUUCGCUCCGCGCGUAAGGGCAAGGCGGGGCUUGAGUCUCGGCUGCCGGCAGCGGCGGGGACGGCGACGGAAGCGGGGGAAAGCGAGCUUGUGCGGCUGGCGCUGGUGCAGCUGCUGGUGGAGUCGGGCCCACCGCCCGCGCUCUGCGUCAUACCGGAGGCGGAGGACGACACGGGGAAGCGGAAGGCGACGGGGAAGAAAGGGGGGACGAUGCGGAGGAAGCGGAUGCAUGGGGGAGGCGGAAGAGGCGGAAUGCGACAGAGCUGUUGACUCCGCGCUACUGCGGAAAAACAGAGGUUGAGCGGAAGUUCGUGCGUGGGUUGCGCUGGACCGGGGGUGGCGGAGGACUUUCUGGCGGCGGUGGCGGAGAUGGAGGGCGCGGACCCCGUGUUCGCGCUGGGCUCGCGGUAUGCUACGAGGCGGGUGGUGCGGGAGGCGCUGGGGCUUCUGUCGAGAUGACUUAUGAGUCGACUCGAAUCGAUUCGAACGCCACAAGGCGGGUGGUGCGGGAGGCACUGGGGUUUCUGGCGCGAAGUGCAUCUGCUUCUAGCGACGGCUGAUCCGUCCCGUAGCUCUCGCUCGUCUCCCCGGCCUGUCGCACGUCGCACGCGUGUCGCCCGACACAGGUCGGCGACUGUCGCAGGCGAAAGUGGCGACUGUCCUGGCAGGAGGCGGGCGCACGUGAGCUGCAGCGCGGCCUGGUAGCUUUGGAAUGGCACGAGAGGCGUUCAUCGCAGCACCACGAGUUGGGGGUUGGAGCCCCCCACGCCCACCUCGCCAAGCUGCUUGUCCCAGCAGCUUGGCGUUCAAUCUGCCGGCCAGCCAAUCAACAGCGCCCACUGAGACACGACUCCUCCAGCCUCCAGACUCCGUUGAUCGUUACUCUCUGGACAGAAAGCCGGCUACCCGGGUAAGGCGUGGCUGGCUGUCAGGGUCAAACCACUGCGGCAAAUCAACCCGGGUUUGACAGCCAGAUGCGGGGCCUCACAAGCCGCUGCCCCAGCAUUGGGCGCUGACAGUCAAACACAGGGACUGGGGUCGGCACUGCAGUCGUCCGCAGACAGUGUCGCCGCAGGCGUGAUGCCGUUUUCUGUAUGAAGAGAACGGUGUGGAGGCAACGGGCGGAUAUGAUAUGCCCCAGACUGCUGGUCAGGCACGUGUCCGCGGUGGGGCUGUGUGCUGCUGCAACAGGGACCAGGGCAAUGGAGUGGGCUGCUGCGAUGACUAGGUGCUUGCAUGUACUUCUGCUCUCCCAGCCAUCCGAGUGGACCUGCUUGGCGCGAGAACCACCCUUUUCCGCCCUCCACAGCCGUACAGAAAUCGUGGGUGUGAUGCUAAGAAUGUCAAGAAGAGACUAGAUUGAGGUGCCACCAAAGAGACAGGUGAAACCUACCUCUGCAGACAGUAGCAAUUUAUUAACAGGAAUGUAAUCUAGACUAGCUGUUGUACCAGUAACACUAGUGCCCCUUUUACCACGGACGUAUUUAUAUUGCCCGGUGCACUGUUGCUGUACUUCACCC